GUGGGGGAUCCCAACAUGGGGACAAAGCCGCAACACCACCACCGCAUUCAGCUUCCCUUCCCUUCGCGGACUUUGCUCUCCCACCUCACUCACUCACUCACUCACUCACUCCCCACCUCCACUUCCAAUCUCACCUCCGCUCUCUCUCUGUGGAUACCAUCCUCCGCGGUGAGAAGAAGAAGCAGAAGCAGAAACAGAGGAGGAGGAAGAGGAAGAGGAGGAGGAGGGAGAUUCUCGGGUUCUGCAGCUAUGGCGGUGGGAGUGUUGGCUCUGCAGGGCUCCUUCAAUGAGCACAUCGCUUGUUUGCGGAAGCUGGGCGUGGACGCUGUGGAAAUUCGUAAGCCAGAGCAAUUGGCGGAAUUGUCGGGUCUUAUCAUUCCCGGAGGCGAGAGCACUACUAUGGCUAAGCUCGCGGAGAAGAACAAUUUGUUUCCAGCUCUGCGAAAAUUUGGAAGCUCCGGAAAACCAAUUUGGGGGACGUGCGCCGGGCUUAUCUUCUUGGCAGCUAAAGCCGUAGGUGUGAAGGAAGGAGGCCAAGAGCUUCUAGGAGGUCUUGAUUGCACUGUUCACCGCAACUUUUUUGGUAGCCAGAUAAACAGCUUUGAGAUGGAGCUCUCAGUUCCAUCUUUGGCCUCAGAUGGAGGUGCGCAGACUUGCCGUGCUGUGUUCAUUCGAGCCCCUGCAAUUAUCGACGUUGGCUCUUCAGUAGAAGUGUUGGCCGAGUGUCCCUUGGCACCCAAGCAAGCUGUUGAUUUGCCUGAGCAGGAGCAAAGACAAAGUUAUUGUGGCAGUGAAGCAGAACAACAUGCUAGCAACAGCGUUCCAUCCCGAGCUCACCUCCGACCUGCGAUGGCACCAAUACUUUCUGAAAAUGGUUAGUGAUGGAGACAAGGAGGCUCAAGCUCCAAAAACCGAGGCUGUGUUGGCCAAGAAGUCUGAAGCAUCGCAAGCUGUGCAUCAAGCUCGAGACAUGCCUAUCUUCAAAGAAACAAAUUUCCUUAGCCUUGAAUCAUACUAGAGCUGCUCCAUGGUGUUGAAAAUUGCUUAUCACCAUUUAUGUACAACAUUCAUUUAUUGGGAUCCAUUCAUGUAGCGCUUGAAUGCUUCAAUACACGAUCAUAUAAUCUCCACAGUCCAGAUCUUAACUGGUUCAAAGCUCCGUGUGAGUGAGUUCCGGAAUAUUGCGAGCAAUUUGGUGGUUAAUUCUAUUUUUGAAA